AUGGCUCUCAGAACAUACGGCGAUAAGCCGAUAAGUUUCCAAAUAGAAGAAGGAGGAGAAUUUUAUUGUGUCGGCUCAGAGGUCGGCAAUUACCUGCGGUUAUUCCGUGGGUCUCUCUACAAAAAGUAUCCGGGUAUGGCCCGGAGGACCCUGACCAAUGAGGAAAGGAAACGUCUGAUAGACAACGGUCUAGGUGCUCAUGUACUGUCUAGCUCAGUCUCUCUACUAAAGGCAUCUGAAGUUGAGGAUAUUAUUGAAGGGAAUGAUGAUAAGUACAAAGCGGUCUCUGUCAGCCAAGAGCUAGCUACACCGAGAGAAAGUAAGAGCAAGAAACCACAUAACCAGUCAUGGCUCCCGGUUAUGCCAAACUCUUCACAUUUGGAUGCUGUACCACAGGCCACACAGAUCAGUAGGUCUAGGGUGCAUAAUAAGAAGAUACGUACAUUCCCCUUAUGCUUUGAUGACACAGAUAUGACAGCUAUGCUAGAGAAUGCAUCACAAAAACAGAUUCUGGUACCUAUCAGACUUGAUAUGGAGAUUGAAGGACAGAAGCUUAGGGACACCUUUACUUGGAACAAGAAUGAAUCGAUUAUAACACCAGAACAAUUUGCUGAGGUCAUGUGCGACGAUUUGGAGCUCAACACGAGCACAUUUAUUCCGGCCAUCGCAUCAUCUAUUCGACAACAAAUUGAGGCUUUUCCCAGUGAACCACCAGCGAUAUUAGAGGAGCAACCUGACCAAAGAGUGGUUAUCAAAUUGAAUAUACAUGUUGGGAACACGUCACUUGUUGAUCAGGUUGAAUGGGACAUGUCUGAGAAAGAGAACAAUCCAGAACAGUUCGCGAUGAAGCUCUGUGCAGAACUGGGUCUGGGCGGAGAGUUCGUGACGGGUAUCGCAUACAGCGUGCGCGGUCAGCUCAGCUGGCAUCAACGAACCUACGCCUUCAGUGAAGCGCCGCUACCUGUUGUUGAGACGCCGUACCGCCAGCCGUCGGAGGCGGAGCAGUGGGCGCCGCACCUGGAGACGCUGACCAACGCCGAGAUGGAGAAGAAGAUCCGCGACCAAGACCGCAACACCCGCCGCAUGCGACGCCUCGCCAACACCACGCCUGAUGUGUCGUUGAGUCGCGCAGUCAACCGGCUCAUCCGCGCAGACGAGGCCCUGUUCCAAACUACGCCUGAAAAGAGAAGGAAAAAGAUUUAA